AUGACUUUCUUCCAAAACCAGUGUGAGGAUGACUGCUAUUCUCCCUGCAAUUAUGGGAGCCUGUACAACUACCGCAGCUAUGACUGCGGGAGUCCCUGCGGAUACCGGGGCUAUGGCGGCCUCUACGGCUACCGGGGCCUCUAUGGCUUUGGGGACCGGUACGGCUGUGGUGGUCUCUAUGGUUACCGGGGCAUUUAUGGCUCUGGGGACUACUAUGGCUCUGGAGGUCUGUAUGGUGGCUAUAGGGGAUACUAUGGCUUUGGAGACUGCUAUGGCUACCCAGGCUUCUAUUCCGGCCGCUACGGCUACCCCUUUGGUUCACGCUAUGGCCUGAGGUACGGCUAUGGGAGCUGCUAAACCCAGCUGGAACGUCCCUGAAGUGAAGAUCAACUCAGGCCCAGCAAGCACGGACUGAUGGUGAAUCUUGGCAGCAGUGGUCACUGGUGUGCAGAGCCCUGGUGACAGCAGCCACCCACCCUUCAUGGAGGCUUUGAGUGUUCUGCACUGCUGUUGAAGUGCUUGCAAUAAUUUAUCUUAUGCUCUGUGUCUGCUUGCUCUCU